CGCGCGGCAACACACAAUCAUCACCCACACAAAGGUAGCUAGCCAGUACAGCUCCCUGAACACGCAACUACCUAGAGCCGAUGAAGUACCCAAGGCUUCUCCUCCGUCUUCUCCUGCUCUCCCUCCCGGCCGUCCUGGUGCUAGCCGCAGCCGACGACCUGCCGGCGCACCUGCCAGGCUGCCCAUCGACGUGCGGCAACGUCGCCAUCCCGUACGACCCGUUCGGCAUCGGCGAUCAGUGCGCCAUCCACAGCGGCUUCAACAUCACCUGCGCUCCUGUCAACGGCACUGAGAGGCCUUACAAGGGGGCGUUCGAGGUGACCAAGAUCUCCGCGCCCGAUGCCAAAGCUUGGAUGAAGAUGGGCAUCUCCUGGCGCUGCUAUGGCCAAACUGACACGCGGAACAUGACAGAGUAUAGUCUUUGGCAGAAUUUCACCAACACGCCCUUCAGGUUCUCACAUGAUGAUAACAAAUUUUCGUCAUCGGUUGCAACACGACUG